AUCGAGCGGUGUCGAUACCAAAUAAACGGUAAUCACUACCAGUCAGCCUAUAUACCCUUACCCUGCUGCGUCAUAUUUGGGACCUUCGUAAAGAAUUCAUUCAUCCUGUUGGCUGGCUUCAUUAUUAGAGAGCGGCAACUUGCUUGCAAUCAAACGCUGUUUUGUUGUUUAUGACAUACGUCAAAUGGCUUACAAAACAUUUUUUGUUCAGUGCUGUCUAUGUAUUUUAAUUGUUUGUCCAAGCGGGAUUACAACAACAUCUAUCAUCAUCAAUCGAGAAAAACACGACAAAUUUUUCCUUCAAAACUUGACACAUUUGGAAAGUCAAAAAUCUAAGCAAAGUCCGGAAAAUCUGUGUAAGAGUUUCAAAGCUGAAUGUAAAAAUGACGAAUGUGAAUCUUGCCAAUGUAGUGAAGAGGAUAGAAACACACUUCUGCUGUUAACUCCUACCACAGGCAAUUGUACUAAAGACCAAGAUAUUAUACCUGAGUCAGUGACCAAUGAACAUUUUCUGCUUUCAAUGGAACGCGGUUCAUCUUGUCUUACGGUAACUGGGAAACGCAAUGAAAACGUAUUUGGAACGGAUUGCAACCCGUCUCUUAACAUGCGCAUGCGUUGGAUAUGGGUAAAUGAAACGGGAAAAAUUCAACUUAUGAAUGCUAUGACACUGCAGUGUCUUGAGUUUGUUAUACCUAUGUCAGCAUGUGACUCGUCUGAUGGUACAGUUGAAUAUCCUGUAGUUAUGAGGCAAUGUGAUAGAACCAAUAGGCAACAGCAUAUAUAUGAAAAAGGUAAUUAUAUAUAUACCAAAAUGUGCGACGGAAAUUGGAAAUUUUACCUUGAAAUCAAUGAACACAGUAAGAAAGCAAAAAGUAAGAGAAGUAGCACGGGACAAGUUUGGAAAAACGAGUAUGAUCGUGGGCCUUUGAAAAGGAAAACAAUUACUUACAACGGUUGUUACCGUUUUUCAAACGAAACAUUCAUGCUUUAUCUGGACAAAGACGUUUGCUCUACAAAGCCAUGUACUCGCAAUUUUUUUGCCCCAAUCUUCUCUGAGAACUCGCAAUGUAGCAUUAUAUGGUCGAAAUCUACUAUCAUGCGGAGUGAUAUGUGGCAGAAAGUUACGAAUAUGACAAACAAGAAACCGAUUUUCAUGAAAGGAGUUUCAAAGCAUCUCAAAAUGUUAAAGAUCAGAGAAGAAGCAUUCAACAUCUUCAACGGUACAUUGUUAAAGUUGGCGAUUUCCUGUAAAAACAAAACCCACGAGUCAAAAAAGGAGGAUCACUGCUUGCUUCUUAAGUUUAGGUUUAAAAAACAAGCCGAUGUGAAGGAGUGGAAAAUGAAAACAAUAUCAACGACAACAGCAAAAAUAAGAGACACCACAGUGAUAUUAUCGCCGACAACAGCAAAAGUGGGAGACACCACAGCGAUAUCAAAACAUAAAGAGAGUACAGAAAGUAAAGAAAAUUCAUUCGUCACUAUCGUUAUUGCGGUCUCAGUCUCUGUGCUCAUUAUCGUUCUGGUGCUUGUCGCGGCCUACUUUUAUCGAAAAAGGUUUGCAAAAGGUGAGAAUUCAGAUCAAAAUUCUUCACCGGUUGUUGAAGAGUUGCCAGAAAUGCGAAACCUUUCGAGCAACCAAGCAACUCCGACGGAAUCUGAAAUUCAUGCUAUGCCAAGGGCAGAACAAGAGUACCUGUAUGAAAACACUAAACAAAGAAUAUCGUGUGCGCAUUCCCAAGGUCCUGAGUACGAGCAUUCAGACUGGAGCCCCAAAUACGAAUCUCCUGAAGUCCACCCGAACCGUCGAUACGAGUAUCCUUCUCUCGGUGCGACAGGAAAGAAAGAUGUCGGGGUGAAGGACGGCGAGUAUUUUCCACUUAGAAAGCCGCUAUUUAAGAAUGACGAAGAUGAUCUGCCCAGUUAUACAUCCCUUUUGAAAACUAAAUAGUUCAUAAAGUCACAAGGGAGCACAGUGAUCGUUUACAGUGCGUAUUAAUAAGCAACCACUUUUUUGAAGCUUUUCAUAAUUAAUUUAACACAUCGUUUUACGAUGUUUCAAACAGUCUAGUCUUCUUGAAAGGUAUUAAUAGGAAUGAGUCUAGUCUUCUCGGAAGUCACGAAUACUGAGAAUGCAAUCAUAUUUCCUCAACCGAUAAUUAAUAGGUCUUUUAUGAAGUUCGAGUAUAUUCAUAGCGUGCAUGAGUCCUGUUAAAAUAGCGUAAA